AUGGAAGAAUCAAUGCCCACGGUUACUGACGGGAUAGAAGACCAAGAAGUGAGUGCAGAAGACAGCCCGCAAACUGCCGAAAACCUUCAGGAAAGAAGCUCUGCAACUGCUGGAUGGGGAGGGAAAAUAGACGAGCAUUAUCGCAGAAUCAAAGAACAGGCCGAAACUUAUCCUUACGUGUGGGGUUCUUACAUCGUAGUAUAUGGAGGGUUCGGGUUGUGGCUGACCUAUAGAUGGAGAAAGCUCCGCAGAACUGAAGACAGUGUACGAACUCUUCAAGCAAGACCGCACCAACUUAUUGAAGAGGAAAAUGCAACGAGCUCUGCUGCACUUCCGGAGAAGUCUGCAAAGUCUUCUUUGUCGACAGAUAAGCCUCUUGCAGAUAAAGCUACUCAAUAA